AUGUCUAUGAUAGGAAAAAGAGACUAUAAACGUGAACAAUGGGAAGGGGGGGAUAAAAAUAGCAUCACAAAGAGACUAGAUAAUUAUCUAAUCUAUCUAUCUAUCUAUCUAUCUAUCUAUCUAUCUAUCUAUCUGUCUGUCCAGGAUUAUUUAAAAAGAGUUAUAUAUCAACGGAUUUCUUACCUGUACUAUAUCUAUCUAUCUAUCUAUCUAUCUAUCUAUCUAUCUUUUUUUAACAUACAAUCGAUUGUGGACAAGCAGAAAGCACAUGACGCAAGGUACCUCGGUCUAUCUAUCUAUCUAUCUAUCUAUCUAUCUAUCUAUCUAUCUAUCUAUCUGUGGGAGAAAAAUGAUAUAUCUACUCUAUAUACAAUUGAUGCAUCCAGCCUUCUUUUUAUCUUUUUACUUUCUUUUCUUUAUUUCUUUGGAUUCACAUUGUCUUUCUUUCUUAGAAAUCGCCUUUUACAUUCUUUCUUAGAUUGCAGCCUUCUUUCUUUCUUUCUUUCUUUCUUUUUUUCUUAG